AUGGCAAUGAAAGGCAGUGAGAGGCGUCGAAAUGGAGUGGACAUCUUAGUGGAUGAAGAGCUAAGAGGGCAGGUGGUGGAGGUUAUGAGGAUCAGUGAUAGGCUGAUGACAAUUAAGUUGGUCAUUAGGGGGUUUACGCAACAUGUGUGUAGUGUUUAUGCACCACAAGUGGGCUUGGAUGAGGAGGUGAAAGCGACUUUUUGGGAAGCUUUGGACGAGGUGGUGAGAAGUGUGCCUAGAUCAGAGAAGAUUGUAAUAGCAGGGGAAUUCAAUGGGCACAUUAGGGUUUUACCUGGAGGUUAUGAUGAUCUGCAUGGAGGGUUUGGUUUCGGCGGCAGAAAUGGUAAGGGGGUUGCUCUGUUGGAUUUUUUUAGGGCAUUUAGGCUGGUGGUUGUGAAUUCAAGUUUUUCAAAGAAGGAAGAUUACCUGAUUACAGGCUUUUAG